AUGAUUGACGCCAAGCAGCUCCACCGCCGGCUGCUCAAGUUCACGCGUGGGGACGUGACCGACGAGGGCGAGGCGCUCGAGGUGCUGCGCGCGCUCGAGAAGUCCGCCGUCACGUACGACGUGCUCAAGGAGACCAAAAUGGGGCAUACAGUGGGCAAGUUGCGCAAGCACGAGAACGAGAAGAUUGCGAGUUUGGCGCGCCUGCUGGUCACGUCGUGGAAACAGGACAUGGCGCAGUCGCCUCGCGUUACUUUAGCAGCUCAGCGCAAGCCGCCGUCCAGUAGCAAAGCUCCAGUGGCGGGGAAUCGAUCGACCGAUCAGAUCUGUGCAGGCAACAGCAAUGGACUCAAGAAGGCACCAAAACCUGAAGCUGCUCGAGAGAGCGCCGUGUCGUUCAUUCCUGCGGGGCUGGACAAAGUGCGGGCGACGGUGCGGACGAAACUGAAAGAGAUCUUGGAAGCAUCGGAAGCGGGCAAUCCGGGCCAAGUGGCAGCAGAAGUUGAAGUGGCCAUGGCGAGGAUGUACCACGUGGGAGCUCCUGGAGAGCAGAAGAAGGAGUACAUGGCCAAGUACCGUCAGCUGUCGUUCAAUCUGAAGAAGAACGGCGAGCUGCGGCUGAAUUUACUGGACGAUAGUGUCAGCGGUGACCAGCUGGUCAAGAUGACGGCCGAAGAGCUGGCAACGGACGAGAAGCGAGCGCAGAUUGAGAAGUUGCGCGACGAUGCGUUCCAGGAAGCUCGACUGGACUGGGCCGAAGCGAACCACGAGAAGAUCCAGAAACAGACGGGCACGGAAGGCACCAAGGGUCUGUUUACGUGCGGUCGGUGCAAAUCGUCCAAGACCAGCAACACGCAGAAGCAGACGCGCAGUGCGGAUGAGCCCAUGACGGUCUUUGUCAUGUGUCAUAACUGCGGCAACCGAUGGAAAUGCUAG